AUGGGGAACCUGGUUGAAGGCUUUUUGAAUAUACAGGUGAACCGUUACAAUGUGGUAUCCAGCGUCGUGGGCUGCUGUGUUGGUCUCGAAGAAGUAAAGCUGGCAGCCACUAACGGACCUUUGAGACAGGAAAGCAUACUGCCGGUCAUAUAUGUCAGUAGUUGUCGGCAGGAACCUGGUUAUUGGACUUCUGACCAGAAGUUCAAGGGUUCUCAUCAGAAGGGAGAUACGGAUUUGGAAUGCGGGUGGAUUAUGGAUUUGUUCCACUGGGAGGAGACGAUUCCACAGUUUAUAGAAGCCAAACUUGAAUAUUCUAAGAAAGAGGAGCAACAACUGCGGUAUAUUGGGCUGUGGAACGGCUCUGCUACCGCUGCCAUCGGUCACGAUGCUUAUAAGUUCUCGCGUCAUCCUACAAAAAUUCCAGCAAAGUCAUCUCGUGCAAGGGCCUUCUUCCUUUCAUUUGGUGCCGUGACCAGGAUAAGGACGAAGAUCCCGUGGCCGCAACCAUUUGAGGAGGGGGAUGUUCGGACCUUCCUGGAAGACUUUGAGGAGGUUGCGGAGGCUGCAGUGCUGAAGACCGACCGGGGGCCAUGCGAAGGCGGCCCUGGAUGCGGCCAAAAGAGGCCCUCAGAAAUGGAUUGGGCCGCCGCGAAGGAAGCCCUUGCAGCGGGGUUCGACACACCGGCCGACCGCCAGGAGACUAUGAGGCGGUUCAAGACGGCCAGGAUGGCACCCGGAUCUGACACGACCGUGUUCUUCGCCGGCCUGCAGCAGUUGUUGGAUCGCGCUUUGCCCACACUGGAUGGAGUGUCGCGAAACCAGUUGCUGUCGGAUCAGUUUGUCGAAGGUGUGCACCCCGCGCUUGGUGCCCAGUUGCGGUUGGCGCGAGCAACUGGCCAGUUGAGUGUGGAGGAGCUGGUGCUUCUGGCCCGGGAGCUGCCCCAGGAACCACUGGCCACGUUGCAAUUCAACCUGAUGCGCCUUAGCCAUAAUGGAUCCAGUCCAAGUGAUGAGCAGCGAAGACGAUACGGUAGUGUGGAUGACUCCGGAAACGGGGACUUAGUAAACGAGCGCUGCACAUUCUCCACAGCAGUCCGGCAUGUUUGUGAAUACUGUGAGGCGAAUUCAGGGCUGGAUUCAAGAAUUGGUCUUACAAAUUGUUUAAAAAUGGCAAUUAAACAGGAUUUGUUAUGGAAGGAUCGGCGAAUGUAA